AAGCCAAUGGACACACAUGGAGUGAGUAAGUUUUAUCAAUCUUAAGAGUAAAAUUUUCAUGUUACGGAGUAUUUAGUGUUGUGAAUGGACCAUAUUUCGUUGCUUGAGCUUAGGACGCUUGCGCUACACUGCAAUCCGAGAGUACGUGAGGUCUUUUAUAAGUGGCUUGUGGCAAAGAUUAUUCAAUUUUCACGUCACGUUUGACUCCUAGGAAUAUAAAUUUCCUUCAAUACACAGAAGAAACAGCACCUGAGACAGAAGGCAUAACCAGUGCAAACCUGUCCUGUUCCAAUGAGAAUUCUUUGUAACUCAUGAAACAAGACGACGUAAUGACGAAGAUAUACAAAAUUUUUCAGCACCGACCGGACAGUUUAUUUUCGUGGUUCGUCAGCGUAUGUUCUUGUGUGUGUCAAGCGCUUAGUCUUGGUUUUGCGCUCAGCUUUGGAGUGCUUCUUCCAUAGUUAAUGAAGGAGUUCGAGGAAAGUCGACAGAAAACUGUCUGGGUCGGUUCUCUGGCGAUUGGUUUGACUUUUUUUCUUGGCUCUCUGGGAUCACUUCUGUGCCAAAUCAUCGGAUGCCGCUUCACCGCUAUCAUGGGCUGUCUAGUUUGUGCGGUGAGCUUGUUAGUGACUCCGUAUUCUUCCAAUCUUGAUUGGAUGUUUUUAACUUACGGCUGUAUGUUUGGCAUAGGAUCAGCAUUGAUGCUUUCGUCGUACUUUCUGAUAACAGCAAAGAACUUUCGUAGAUGGCAAUCUCUCGCCGUGGGGAUCGUUACAGUCGGGGGCAGCAGUGGGCUUCUAAUCAUGGGCCCUCUAUUACAGCUCCUGAUUGAUUCAUUUGGUUGGAGGGGAGCUUUCAGGAACCUUAGUAUACCGUUCUUCGUAAUGGCGUGCGUAUGCGGGGUUACUUUUGGUGAUCCGGCUCUUCCUGAUAUUUCAGCGACCACUUUAGCAAAAAAAAACCAGUGCGACUCGAAGCUCCUUUCUGAGAGCGAGGCACAUCCGGAAAUGGAGAUGGACGUAAUUAACAAAAAGCAAGACAGAGUUCAUGAGGAGAAAAAAGUAAAGAUUACCGCAGAUGAUUGCCCAACAGAAACCCGGAAAAUAAGUCAAAUGAGAUCUUCGCAUGUUGCGGCCAAAACUGAUAGCAACACAGUAUCAAAUUGUUUGGGAAAAUUGAACGCACUGUUGAACUUCUCAGUAUUCAAGAUACCUCGUUAUUCGGUGGCGGUUUUAAGUCUGUGUUUGAUGAAGUUUGGACAUUUCAUUCCACAAAUACAUAUGGUGAACUAUUGCCUCGAACUCGGUAUUUCUGCUGACUCAGCAUCCAGGUUUUUCAUUCCUUUUGGUUUAUCAUCCUCCGUGGCUCGUGUUGUAACAGGGAGGAUUUGUGACGCCACCUGGGUAAAUACCAUUUAUAUUUACCAGUUUGGGGCUUUACUUGACGGAUUUGCAAUCGUCGUACUUCCAGUGAUAAGGAACUACGCCGGAAUUCAAGUUUUUGCUGUGAUUUAUGGUAUUGCUGAUGGUGUUUUGAUCUCGACAAUGAACUCACUUCUCAUGUUUAGUGUACACGAAAAGCGCAGAGCGGCCGCUUUAGGUGUGGGAAAUAGUUUACUGUCAUUGGCAAUGGCGUCUGGACCUCCCUUUGCAGGAUUUCUGGUUGAUUUGUCUGAUUGCUACACCUGGCCGUUUUUUAUUGCUGGUAUUGUGCUCCAUAUGGCCGGUCUGGUGCCACUGGUUCUGUUCUGCUUGGAGGAGAAGACGGACAGUGACUUGAAAGAAGAUAAAAUUCGGAAAUCACUUUUGUAGGUUAUUGAUACACAACUGUCUGAGAUACUCUGCAAAUGCAAAUUAGCACGACUGAUGCCUAGGGAAAAUGAAGCAUAAUCAUAAAGAAUUUAAAUAUUUACAAAGGCUUUUGCAAAUCAAAGAAAAGUAAAACAAAUUUAAAUUGAACUUUUUUAGGCGGUUACCUCUCAUUUCGUGAGCUCUAACCUUACUCGUUGAAGCUAAAGAAUGGUUGCCUUGCAGAAUUAUAUUUGGGAUCAAUGAAAGCAGUGUACAUUAAGCUUUGAAAGCAGUGCAGCGAUAGAUCACGGAUCAGGUCCAAAUGAGCUAUGAACAGGAAAGUGAAACACGAGGCGCACCCGAAUGGAACACGAGGCGCACCCGAAUGGAACACGAGACGCACCCGAAUGUCACCGAUCUUCUUGCCACAUUUUGAAGUUCUUUGUGAUUUCUUUUAGUGUUUACUGUAGAGGAGCACGGCAACAUGGAUUUUAUCUGUUUAUAAACUGGAAGUUGUUAUCGGGAACAAUAUUCAUUUGUCUGUCCUCCAAAAGAUCAUAAAUCAGAAGCAAUCAAACUACUUAUGUUAUUAGGCCGACUGUAAAAUUACAACUCACUCUAUCAACGUCUUUAACCGAACAGCAGGAAUUAAUUGUAAAAUGAAAAAGAAAAGGCCAAAAACUUCUGAGGGGUCAGGAACACUUUGAAACUUCCUUGAUCUGUCGGACAGACUUGAUUUCUUUCUUUCUAUCAGAAGAUUUUUUACUCUUCUUUGCAACCGUUUUUCAGGGGGUCACGCAACAUCCCUGCCCUUACAACCUAGUCCCGCUGAGGACCCUUCACGGUGAGAUCCAAGUGAACAACUGUGGAGGAGGCUUAAGAAUUUUCAUGGUCUGUGAGCAAGCAUUUAGUGAUGCCGCCUCAUGAGCAUCUCCCUAGCUUCUUGGGAAGUCCCCAGGAGGCUUGUCAUGCACGAAAAAUGUGAUCCCCGAUUGCUUGUCACCUGCGCAUAACACGGGGCGGCUAGAAUUUCGGAGACUUCGCUUGUGUGUGUGUGUCACGUUGUGUGACAUUAUCGUUUGUGUGUGUGCCACGUUGUGUGACAUUAUCCUUACCGCUUUUCUGUGAUAUUUGGAAGAUAGAUAGAUAGUUUAUUUGCCAAAACAGUUGCAGCCAAAAACUGAAAUACACGUACUAUAGCUUACAAUUAAAAUUUCUAAGAAAAAUAUAUGAAUAUAUGGAGAUAUGAAUAUGUAAAAUAUAAAUAUCCACGAUCCUAGACAAUCAUCGUAUGGCUAUUAAGAAUUAUAAAAACUUGAAUUAUAAUUAAUAAAAGAGGAUUGAAGUUUUAUUCGAAAGAAAUUCCGUUUACCGCUUUCAAAUCUUUUGGAAUCGUCACUGAACAAUAAUAAAACUAUUUUUUUCAAUUAGUGGAGUGGGAAAAUGAAAUUGGCGGUCUUGG